UUUUGUUGCGACCCUUGAAGUUUGAGCCAUGGACAUAACCCCCACAAUCGCCAACAACACCGCCCCCAACACUCCUACCAUUUCAAAAUCCCCGGAACAUGACAGUGAAACACCGACGAGGAUCCCUACCGCCGCCAAGCCCUUGUGCUUCUCCAACGGAGUCCUAAAGCGCCGCCGCCGCCGCCGCCUCGCCGCCCAGCCACUGCCUUUCACGUACAAGGAAUGCUUGAAAAACCAUGCAGCCAGCUUGGGAGGCCACGCCUUGGACGGUUGUGGCGAGUUCAUGGCCUCUCCCAGCGCCAACCCCGCCGACCCAAGCUCCAUCAGAUGCGCCGCCUGUGGCUGCCACCGCAAUUUCCACCGCCGUGAGCCAGAAGAGCCUAUCUCCACAACCCACGUCAUCGAGUACCAGUCUCACCAUCGACACCAUCCCCCACCGCCUCUUCCUUUUCAGGUUCCCAAUCGAAGCCCCUGUUCGGCGUCGCCACCUCCGAUCUCCUCUUCGUACUGCCCGUCCGCACCCCACAUGCUCCUGGCUCUCCCAUCAGCCGGUAUACAAGCUCCUCCGGAGAGCGCGGCUGCUCCCGCAAACGCUCUUGCAACGCCGAGCCCGAAUGCGCGGAAGCGGUUGAGGACCAAGUUCACCCAGGAUCAAAAGGAAAAGAUGUACCAUUUCGCGGAGAGGGUGGGGUGGAAGAUGCCGAAAAGGGACAAAGAAUUGGUUCAAGAGUUCUGCAAUGAUGUUGGGGUCAACAGGGGAGUGUUGAAGGUUUGGAUGCACAACAACAAGAAUACUUUUGGCAAGAGAGAUGUCGCUAAUAAUAAUGAUGGUAGGAACACCCUAGAGCAAGAACCGAACUCACACCCUCACCGUUGA